CAAAGGAGCUGUACCGCUGUACCGGCUCCGUACCGCUGUUGUGCCGCCCUGAAAGCUCUCUGAAACACCAUGAGCUCACCGCCACAUGUAGUCUAUGUUCCUCAGAUUCGCAAGGAAGCUCCCAAGGAUCAGAUGAUGCAACGAUGCAACCUGCAUACAGCAUCUUACCAUCUCACAACCUUUGCGUGUUUGGUGUCAGGCAUUAACCACAACCCACCAUGUCAUUUAUUUGGAUCGUUUCAAAAAGGUUGAUUUGACAUUGAAAUAAAUGGCUCUUCUCCAGGAAAGUUGCCCUUAUUUCAAAAGCUGAGUUAAUGAUCCCUCAGACCACCAUCGCUUCUUACUCGUCAAUAAAUCCAAGAAAUGCCUGGACUCCCGGAAUAUGUAUUAUUUAGAAUCUUUCAUACAAGAAUGAAGGAAGGAAUUGCAAAGGCUUAUUACUAAGCUACUGUACCACGUUAUUCUAGAGAAAAAUAUGUUUUCUUGGAGUUGGGGCAUUUAUUUUCGUGGAGUGUUGUUUCUGAGGUCCCUGGUACAGUACGGUCACCACGUUUAAGUGAAGUGACCGUAAAAAGGUAAGAAUGGGAACGCUGUAUGGUACAGCUGAGGCUAUGGGAGAAUCAGCAGAGGCCAAACAGACUGUGCAGUUGCCGUGCUACAGAUUACAGAUACAACAAGCAAUUGCCAGUUGCCAGUACAAGAGUAUUCUUGCCUUUCCUAUGCUUAUGUAUGUACUCCAGCUAGUAGCAGCUACUCUAGCUAGCUAGCUGGAGUGCUCUAUUUAGCUAGGGAGCGGCAGCAGCGGCCGGUUGUGGAAAGGACCAGGUCAUCAAAAUUGCGCUUGCGGUAGAUCUCUCUGAUCGGCUUCGCUUGAACACAUGAACAGCACAACCUAAUUCGUUGAAAUAUCGGGUGGGGUGGAACAUAGGACGUUUCUAGCCUGACAAAUUCACAUUUGCAUCCUUGGUCCCAGCAGUGUGGUUGAGGUCCCUCGCAAGCCCAACAGAUCUCUUCAUCUCAGAUCCUCACUCUUGAUCUUCACGAUCUUCACUUCCUUGUCUCACAAUUUCAAAAAGGCCAAAAGUUACAAGAGGAUUCCACAACUUGAAAACGCACCAACACCACGCCACAUUUACAAAAGGAAAUCAUGAUGUUCCCCUCCAGAGCUUCGCAACACCUUAAUCUUCUGUCAGCCUCCCUGCAAUCCAACAACAACAAUGGCGCCACCACCAAUGACCUCCAAUCAUCAUCUGCUGCUAGCAGUCGCACUCCAUUGGCUGCUGCCCCUGUUCCUGCCAACCUCACCGUCCAAGAUCUCCUCGAAGACGCACGUCGCAGAAGCCAGGUACUUCCUUUGAUGGGCAGCAGCAGGCCCGCCCUUCCCACAAGUGUUCUGUCUGCACCAUCCUUGGCCACUUCGUUGCUACCACACUCUCCCGAUACAGUCCGUCGCAUGGACCUGGAUGCUCAGCUCCUGACCAGGUCCAGGCAGCUUGCCGACAAUGCCCGUCUCAUCAAUGACGCCAUUCGCAUAGAACGUGAAGCUGCCAUUCAAGCCCUUUUGCAAAGUGAACAGCAGCAGAGGCUGCUAGAGGCGCAACGGCGCGAGAGUCUGGCAGAUCAACUUUGGGGAGGCAUUCGUCACUCCGAACGAGCUGGGUUGCCACCCGCUGCCACUUGGCCUCUCGUAGCUGCCUCGUCGGGAUUGGUUUGUGGUGCUGCAACACCUACUGUGGGAGGAGCAGAUGACAUUUUCACCAAUGCUGCCUUGCGCCACCGUCUGCUGGCAUCCAGUCAAUUCUCGGCAGGAGCAGCCCUCACUAACCGAUUGGCAUCCACUCCCAGCCCCACAUCACAUCAUGCCCGGGUUGGUUCGCCUCGUUUUGCGGCACUUCCUACUGCCAGGGAGCACCCACAGUCUCCCGCUUCUUCAAUGGACAAAAAGAUGCCAGCCAAGGCAUCGCUCCAGCAAGUCGUACCGGAACCCACCAAGGCUCCCCUUCCCAAUGCUCUUGGAAUCGAACAGGAUACCAAUUGGCUCUCUCAAAAUCAGUGUGUGCUCCGAGCCGAAUUCAUUGAAGUGGCCAAGGCCACACGAAAUGACUUUAGCGGGCUCGAUGGUGGUUCUGAUGCGCAGAGUUAUGAACAGGUUGGCAUUCGUUGUCGCUACUGUGCUCAUGCUCCAACAGGACAACGCGCUAGCCGUUCGUCUGCCUUUCCCUCGAGCAUUACCCAGCUCUAUCAGUCGUUUACCAUGAUGCAACGCGAUCAUUUUCACAAAUGCACCAUGAUUCCCCUGGAACAGCGACGUCAUUUGGAAACGCUGCGGCGCUCCAACACACAGGGCGCCUGCGAUUCCAAACAAUAUUGGACGUAUGCGGCCAAAACCUUGGGUAUGUUUGAUACUCCUCGUGGCAUUGAAAUGAAUCAACAAGCCGUAGAGGCCGGACGUCAAAUGCCCAAUUUUGGAGUGGGAGAAGCAGUAGCAGUAAAAGAAGAUUCCAAGGUCUCCAGUUUGGACCAAAAGCAAAAAGUCGACAACGGCGAGCACUUGUUGCUUCAAUUUUGCAGCACCGACGCAAAGCUGCCCGCCUAUUUGGGUCAUCUCCUGACCCAAUUGCAAGUGGUGACACUGCUUCCAUCGGAAAAGACGGGAAAACGCAAGGCACUUCCGAUUGGAUUUACCGGAUUGGGUUGCAAAUGCUGCUCCAAAGCCGGACGGUUGGGGUUUAGCCGGACGUUUCCUCUCCGUCGUCGCACCCUUCCGGCGAAAUUGGACGACAUGUUGAGCCAUCUCUUGCGGUGUCCUCUCACUCCCAGCCACAUCAAGUCGGAGCUGUUACUGCUUCAGGGUGGAAAUGACGAACGCAAACGUCUGUAUCAAAAGCACCACGCCAAGCUGGAUGAACUCUGGAAGGUAAUGGGACGUGAAGGCGACUUUUGUGCAUGAAUGAGCGAAUGAAUGAAUGAAUGAAUGAAUG